GACAGGCUUGCGUGAUGAAAAAUUGUUGGACUAUGAUAGGAUCGUGAUAAAGCAAUCCAAAUCACUUGCGGUAGAAUCUGAAAACCAUGAAAAAAAUCGCCUGGGGCGCUUUGAUCAAUGCUAUUGAAAUUGUCACUCGACAUUCCUUAUAUUCAAGGCAUUUAAAGCUAGCUCGGGGUGACGUCUGGACCGGCCGCUGACUCCUGUCUCGGCCGCACGGUACCUCCGUCUGCGCUGGUCUGCUGUCGGCGCCGUGAUGCUGUGGCGCGUGUGUCGGUCGGCGGCGGCCGCGUGGCGCCGACCGCUCAGCCGGCCGCUCUCUCAGCUGCCGGCCGUGGACCAGGACGUGCACGGGUUCCGCGUGCGCCAGGUCCGCGAGCUGCCCGAACUGAGCGCCUCGGCCGCGCUGCUGGAGCACCAGACCAGCGGCGCCCAGUACCUACACGUGGCUCGCGAUGACCCGGACAACGUGUUCAGUAUCGGCUUCCCGACCACGCCACAGGACUCGAGCGGCGUGGCGCACAUCCUGGAACACACGACUCUCUGCGGCAGCCGCCGGUUCCCCGCGCGAGACCCCUUCUUCAAGAUGCUGAACCGGUCUCUAGCCACGUUCAUGAACGCGUUCACGGCCAGCGACUGGACCAUGUACCCGUUCAGCACGUGCAACGAGGCCGAUUAUAUGAACCUGCUGGCGAUCUACAUGGACGCCGUGUUCGAGCCGCGCCUGGAACGGCUCGAUUUUCUGCAGGAGGGCUGGCGACUCGAGCACGAGAACCCAGAGGACCCGAGCUCGCCCAUCGUGUUCAAGGGAGUGGUGUUCAAUGAGAUGAAGGGCGCCCUCUCGGACCGUCACCGGGUGUUUGCCGAGCGCGUGCAGAAUGCCCUGCUGCCGUCUCACACGUACCGCCAUUGCUCGGGCGGCGACCCGCUGCACAUCCCCGAGCUGACCUGGGAGCAGCUGAAGCAGUUCCACGCCACCCACUACCACCCGCGCAACUGCCGCAUCUUCUCCUACGGAAACCUGCCGCUCGAGCCGCGGCUCAAGUUUCUCCACGAGCAGUACCUGUCGCGUGCGCCGGCGGUGGCCGCGAGCGACACGCGCGUGCCGCUGGAACCGCGCUGGGACGCGCCGCGCCGCGAGCAGCUGAAGUGCCGCUACGACCCUCUGUCCCCGCGGACUGACCGGCAGGCCAGCGUGGCCGUCAGCCUACUGGUGGGCGACGUCACCGACAGCUACGAGUCGCUGCUGAUGACUGUGCUGUCGGAGCUGCUGGUGGACGGCCCGUCGUCGCCCUUCUACCAGGCGCUGGUCGAGUCCGGUCUCGGCGAUGACUACACGCCGCAUGUGACCGGGUUCGACAACUCGUGUCGUGAGACGGUGUUCUCGGUGGGUCUGCAGGGCGUAGCCGACGCCGAUACAGAUAAGGUGGUGGAGAUCAUCGACAAAACGCUGGCCGAAGUUGCCGAGAAGGGCUUCGAGCAGGAGCGGGUGGACGCCGUGCUGCACCGGCUGGAGCUCGGCCGCAAACACCAGAGUAACCACUUCGGCCUGGGCCUGGUGAUGCAGGUGGUGGCGCCCUGGUUCCACGGCGGUGACCCGCUGGACGCGCUCAGUCUGGACACACACCUGGCCCGGCUGCGGCGGGAGAUGGCCGACAACCCGCGCCUGCUGCAGGAGCGGCUGGCGCGCCUGCUGCGCGACAACCGCCACCGGCUGGUGACCGUCAUGACGCCGGACUUGGCGCUGGAGACGGAGCUGCAGAAGAAGGAGGCGGACAUGCUGGCCGGCCGCGUGGCGGCGCUGUCGGACGCCGACCGGCAGAGGGUGCUCGAGGACGGCCGACUGCUGCAGGAGAAACAGGCGGCCGGGGACGACGCCUCCAGUCUGCCCAUGCUGGAUGUGCGGCGGGACAUCGCGCCGCACGCGCCCCGCGCCGAGGUGCGCCGCGAGACGGUGUCGGCGACACCGGUGCAGGUCUCCGAGCAGCCGACCAACGGGAUCACCUACUUCCGCGCGGUGGUGGACACCUCGGGUGUGCCGGCUUACUUCCGGCCGCUGCUGCCGCUCUUCUGUCGGCUGGUGACCAGCAUGGGCGCCGGCCAGCUGGACUACCGGCAGCAGGACCAGCAGCAGCAGCUGUGGACGGGCGGCCUGUCCGCCGCCGUCACCGUCACCGACCACCCCAGCGAGCCGGGCCGCUACGAGGAGGGCAUGCUCCUCACCUCCUACUGCCUCGAACAGAACGCCGAGCGCAUGUUCGGCCUCUGGGAGGACAUCUUCACGGGCGUGACGUUUGAGAACCGCGAGCGACUGAGCAGCCAGCUGCAGAUGAGCGCCGCCGAGCUGGCCAACAGCGUGCCGCACGCCGGCCACCAGUACGCAAUGAGCUCGGCGGCGGCCGGCCUGACGGGCUCGGCCCAGCUGCGCCAGCUCUACUCGGGCCUGGACCAGGUGCGCUACGUCCGGCAGCUGGUCACCGACGGCGAGCUCGACAUGACCGUCACCAAGCUGAAGAUGCUGGCCGAGAUGCUGCUGAUGAAGGACGGCAUGCGGUGCGCGCUGAAUGGAACGGCUGCCGGCCUGCCGACGGCUCUGGCUGGCCUUGAGUCGCUGCUGGUGCGCGCGCUGGGCGAGGGUCGCGCCGAGAGCUGGGUGCAGCCCGAGUUCGCGCCCGCCGGCUGCCAGACCUAUGUCGAGCUGCCGAUGCCGGUGCACUACGCGGCGCGCUGCGUGCCCACCGUGCCGUACGCGCACCCGGACUUUGCGGCGCUGCGCGUACUGGCGCGUCUGCUAUCACUGGGCCACCUGCACCGCGAGAUCCGCGAGAAGGGCGGCGCGUACGGCGGCGGAGCGGUCGCCUCGCCGGCCGGCCUGUGGUCCUACUACAGCUACCGCGACCCCUCCUCGCUGGCGACUCUACGCGUGUUCGACGGCGCCGUGCAGGUGGCGCGCGAGCGCGAUUUCUCCCCGGAGGAGGUAGACGGCGCCAAGCUGGGCGUGUUCCAGGCCGUGGACGCGCCCGUGGUGCCCGCCCAGCGCGGCAUGCGACACUUCCUGCACGGCAUUACGGACGAUCAGUUUGACGAGCACCGAUCGCGCCUGCAGGCGGUCACCAGGGACGAUCUGCGGCGCGUGGCCGAGACCUACCUGGCGCGGCCGGCUGUCACCGGCACGUGCAUCCUGGGCAAACAGUGCCCGGACCUGGACAGCUCGUGGCAGGUGCAGCAGAGCUAGCGGGGUGUGUGGGGGAUGUGAUAGGUGACCUGCGUGCUGCAGUGAGAUGUCUGAAUGUGAUACAAGCGGUAUUAUGUAUGGACGAUGUCCAUAGAUUCAGGUAACUGCAGAUGGGCCUCUCGUCCGUAGGCUCCAGCGAUUGUUUGCUAUGCAAUUUCUGAGGAGAUGGGAUGAGAACUGCUCAUUGUCUGAUGUUCUGUGCGAUGAAUUAUGCUUGCAUGUCCUUGGAUGUUGUGCAGCCUGGGCUCCAUUAAUGUCACUGUUGAGGGGCUUCUGGCUGCUAUGUCAUACCAAACGUCACGAUCUCUUCAGGUCGUUCUAGCAGCACUAUGUGCUGCAGGCUGCUAUGCAUCGUUUGUAGCGAACGUAAACGUGCAAUUCGGGUGUCUGCCAUCGAUCCUGCAAUAAAAUGUGUCAUUUCCUUGCUU